GAAGAAAAACAUUACCAAUCGAUGCGCAAAAAUUAAACACCACACAAACUCCAUAUGGAUAUUUCUACAGAGGAACGUCGUUUUACAGAUUGUAAUUGCGUUUGCGUGGCAGGUAUGUCUGGAACGUGUUCCCAUAUUCUUGCAUUGGUUUUCACGUUGAUACACUACCAGCAAAAAGGACUGAAGGAAGUACCGACUUCCUUGUCUUGUACUAGUUUACCCCAGCAAUGGCAUAGGCCCAGAGGAACCAAAAUUAAACCCCGACCUGUCGUUAAUAUGAUCUUGGCUAAGGCAAAACGCUAUGCGACAGGAAAAAAAAGGCCUGUAUUCACCAAAACAACAAAACAAAGAUUUUAUUGCUUACCUUUGAACAUAUAUAUGUGUCCUUCGUAAUUUUCUGGAUGUUAAAAUCGCUGUGAGGCCUUCCACAAGCUUUAAUCCAACGAAGGCAGUCUUCAUGCCUUGUUUUGGGUUUUGGGAAGGGGAAAAACACGAUGGAUAUAUCACUUUUCCCUGAAUCAGAUUUACAAGUACCAUAGCAGCAGUGCUUGACCAUACCUCUAGUUAUUUUUCGGAACUUAAAAACUUUCAAUAGCAAGCCUCAAAGCAAUAUUUACUGAAAAUAUUACUCAGAUAUCAAAGGUAUCAACCUCCACAGACCUUAAUAACUUGUCCGACAAAAUGGCGUCGUCUCAAACCGGAACUGGCGUUUUCAAAGUUUGACUUCUGAUUGGCUACUUUUAUUACGGAGAUUGACAAGCGGGAUCGGUGUAUUUACAAAAGGAGUCAAUCAUGUAUCAGCAAGAACGAGGCGUGAAAAUUUGGUCUAAGAAGCCAUUUCAGCGUAUCCAAAGUUUCAGAAUUUUACCGCGAACAUAUUAUAA